AUGAGGUUGGUUUCUUCCCUACAGGAAAAAGUUGGAGAGUUUGCAAAGAUGUCCAAGAUUGAGUUGCUGGAGGCAACAGAGAAGUCAGUGGGACCACCCGAGAUGUUCGCAUACCACUGUGAGCUCAAAAACUUCCGCACCAAAGAAAGGGAACUGGAGAACAUUGUGAAGGAGAAGGCCAGUUUCCUGGAGAAGGCCAAGCAGAGGAAUGAGAGGAACAAACAUGAUGUGAAGCGUUACUACGAAAAGAAGAGACACCUGGACGUGAUUGUGUUACUUGACAAGAAAAAACCAUGGGUGGAGUAUGAGACAACCCGUAAGGAGCUUGAGGGAGUGAAGAAAGAGCGAGACGAAGCCAAAAAGCAGCUCUCUGCCCUGAAGCAAGCGCACGCGCCCAUGCUGAAGAAGAUUCAGCUGAUUGAAAACCAGCUGAAGCCCUCUGAGGCCCAAAUAAAGGCUAAG